CCCAACAUUUCACUUCUUCUGGGUUUCGUGGGGAAGCGGAUCAGCGAUGUCCGUGGGGCGAUUUGCAGCUCUCUUCCGACGGGUAAAAACCCUACCUAUCACCUCGCAUCUCAAGAACACACCUUGCCGCGUUCCCAGCGGAAGUUCAUCCUCCUCAUCUCUUCCGCCCCCUUCCCACUUCGUCGCAUCAGUAGAAUCCUUCCAGAAAGGAUUCCGCAACAGAUUUGCCUCGUUCUAUGGGUUCAAAACCAUCCCCAAGAGCUUAUAUGGAAAAUCCUCGAGAAACAUGUCCACUACAAUUCCACUGGCAAACUCCAGUAAUGCACAGUUAGCGAAUGCAGGUCUAAAAUUGCUUGUCAAUAAAGGGCCUCAUGCUCAGAAAGCGGUUGGAAUAUGGCUAUUUGGUUGUGCGGCCUGGGUCUUUAGUUUAGUUGUAUUAGGUGGUGUAACUCGCCUCACACGGUCUGGUUUGUCCAUGACUGAUUGGAAGUUCACUGGUAGUCUACCUCCUUUGUCAGAAGAUCAGUGGUUACUUGAGUUUGAGAAGUAUCAGAAAUCUCCAGAAUACAAGAGAGUUAACAGAGGAAUGUCUCUUGAAGAUUUCAAGUUCAUUUAUUGGAUGGAAUAUGCACACCGUAUGUGGGGUAGGGGUUUGGGAGUUGUGUUUUCUUUGCCAUUUAUGUAUUUUCUUGCAAAAGGUUAUAUCACUCGCCAGCUAGGAAUCAGACUCUCCACUCUUUUUGCACUUGGGGGUGCUCAAGGACUAAUAGGUUGGUGGAUGGUUAAAAGUGGUUUAGAGGAACCUUCUACAGAAUAUGUUCAGCCUAGAGUAAGCCCCUACCGUCUUGCUACUCAUCUUACAUCUGCAUUUGUCAUCUACUGUGGCAUUCUAUGGACUGCAUUAUGUGUAGUCAUGCCUGAUCCACCAAGUGAAACACUAGAAUGGCUUCGUGGAGCAGGAAGAGUUCGUAAAUUGGCUCUUCCUGUUAGUGUCCUUGUAGGCAUAACUGCUAUCUCAGGUGCUUUUGUAGCAGGCAAUGAUGCGGGACAUGCAUAUAAUACAUUUCCCAAAAUGGGCGACACUUGGAUUCCAGAAGACAUCUUUAGCAUGGAUCCACUAAUACGCAACUUCUUUGAAAAUACGGCUACCGUUCAGCUGAACCAUCGAAUUCUUGCAACAACAACACUGGCAUCAAUCGGUGGUUUGUGGUAUGCUACUAGAAAAAUAGAUAUGCACCCUGCUGUGCAAGCUCUUAUCGGAAAUACAUUGGGGAUGGCAGCACUUCAGGUGACAUUGGGGAUAUCAACACUUCUAAGUUACGUUCCGGUCUCACUGGCAUCAGCACAUCAAGCAGGUGCAUUGACGCUAAUGACAUUGAUGAUAAUACUGACGCACACGCUGAGAAGGCCUUCCCCAGCACUACUCCGGUCACUCACGUCCAUUCCCGGUAAGAUGAAGAGCUAGUUAGCAAUACUAAAUUCCAUAAGCCAGUUCGAUAAAUUAUGAAAUGUUUUUAAGAGAGGCUCUGGAUACAUUUUUGACUCUGAAUCAGGCAUUCCUGGUACAGUCAGUUGAUAAACUUAUUACAUUGCCACAAUAAGAUAUAUUAACAGGCUUGUAGCUGUGGUAAAACAGUUUGAGGACUAUAUUAACAGACUCUGAAUCAGGCAUUACUGGAUGCAUUAAGUUAUAUUCUUUAA